AUGACGGCGGGAGAAAUUCGCAAAUUUCCCCAUGAUCCAGUUCUGGUUAAGCUGCUAAAUGCAGCACGGCAGACGCCAUAUACUGAAGAGAUCAUUCACGAUGCCCUUGGUUUCGAAAAGAGCUACCCUGACCUGCUCAGUGACAUCCUAGCGACGCGAGAGCUUUUAUGGGCGCGGUUACCCCCUUCUGCAAUAAAUGGUCGAGGUCUCUUACUUGAGAAGAACCAGUACAUUGCCAUCCUUACAAAGAGCGGUUAUGAGUUUCUUGUUGCUUUCUUCUCAAUCCGGACGCUGGGUGGAGUAUGCAUGCCAUUAGGUUCUGGUGUUCUCCCUGAAGAGGCGCAGUACUUUCUCUCAGCGGCAAACGCGAUGUGCAUGCUCGCUGGUAGCAGCAGCAUGGAGAGGGCUGUCAGUAUCGGCACCUAUAUCCAUGAGCACGGGAAGCUAGGAACGCUGCUAGUCUUGCCCAUAUCGUGCGAUGCACAGCGUUCAAAGAAUCCCGAAAUUGUGAUUGACGACACCUGUCUAAUGGACCCGAAUGGGCCAGGUUUAGUAGUAUUUUCGUCAGGUACUACUCGACACCCGAAAGGAGCGGUAUUACCGCGACGAUGUUUUUCUGGGGCACAACCAAUGGAACCUGGCGCGGCAGCUCUCAACUACCGCCCGGGCCAUUGGAUUGGCGGUGCAGGAAGUCUAAUACGACCCGUACUGUCGGGUAAGAAGCUAUACAUCCUCAAAGUAAAAUCUAGGAAUGCUCGUGCAGGGGUUGUACUGGAAGCUUUUCGUAACUAUCAGAUUACCCACGCUGCCUUUUCCCCAGACGUGUUGCGGCGGAUGAUGGACUUAAUGACCGGCCACAGUGGCCAGCUUUCCCAAGAGCAGAGGGACAAAUGGUUCAACAGCUUCAAAGAUCUAUCCGCACUCAGGUGUUCCGCUGGGAUGCUUGAGUCGUCAACGAGGAAGUUCUGGACAGAUCUAACAGACCUACCAUUUGAAAAUAUUUACUCCACUACCGAGCUUGGAGGAGCCGCGAUCAGGGGGCGAUCUGGGAUACAAGGCUCAAUUGGGACUCCUCUACCAGCAGUUAAAGUUAAACUCUCAGAAGGAGACCGAGGCGAGCUCUGCGUCAAGAGCCCAAAUAUGUUGAUACAUUAUAUCGGUGACAAAGACGCCACUCAGAACGCGUUCGAUAACGAAGGAUACCUCAAGACAGGAGAUCUCGCCAAUCUUAAGGAUGGUCAAUACGUGUUUGCCGGCCGAGCGAACGCUGAUUAUGUGCAAUACGGCAUCUUCAGAAUCCCAGCCCUGCUUGUUGAGAGCAGCUUAAUGGACCUUUCGUACAUAUCCGAAGCAUGUAUCGUCGCCGUGCCCGACAAGAACCUCAAACACUUGUGUGGAGCUGUCGUUCGGCUUAAGCCUGUUGGCACACCUCCUACGGGGCAAAUUAAUCUGGCCCUAAUUAGGUCCGAUCUAGAGGGUAACUUGGCAACGUGUAUGUUGCCCGCUCUUCUCCGAAUCCUGAGGGACGAAGAGGAACUACCAUGUACGGCAACUGGGAAGCCAAUAAAGAAAGAAAUUCUCAAAAUCUACUUUGGGAGUACAGACGGAGCGCAAGUCGACAAUUACCCUCCAGGAGUAGAGCGAUGCGAGUUGCCAAAGCCAGGUGAGGAGAUCACCAAACCAUGGGAUUGGGGUGGACUACAAUGUGAGGAUUAA